ACAAUGUAAUAUGUGUGUAAUUUUUUUUUAUAGCUGUUGGAUGAUGAGCGAUUUAAGUCAGUGGAUAAGAUCAAAACUGUUGGCUCAACUUUCAUGGCAGCAGUUGGACUCAUGCCAGAUAUGAGGAUAUUGGACCACAAAGAAGAAUCUGCCAGUCACUACAUGUCAGUGCUUACUGAGCUUGUGUUUGCAUUCAGAGAAAAACUUGCAAACAUAAAUGAAAACUCUUAUAAUAGUUUUACGCUAAGAGUAGGUAUGAACAUUGGUCCAGUUGUUGCAGGAGUUAUUGGUGCAAAAAAGCCCCAGUAUGAUAUAUGGGGUAAUACCGUUAAUGUUGCUAGUCGCAUGGACUCCACAGGUCUCCCAAAUCAUACUCAGGUAACAGAAGAAGUUUACCAGGUUCUUAAGAAUAGACCCUAUCACUUUCAAUGUCGUGGAAAAGUUAAAGUUAAAGGAAAGGGAGAAAUGACAACCUACUUCUUAAUUGAUCGUAAAGAGCCCCCUACUAUUAAGGCAGAGGAUGGGUCCCGGCCGCCAAAGGUACCACCACAUCUCCAGAGCUAUGGAGGGCUGUUCGGAGGAGUAGCUACACCGCUGGCAAUGGUGCCCCCCAAAGUACCACCUCAUGGUCGUAGUCUCUCUCAAGGCCUCAUGGGACAUGGCGGACAUGGACAGUCUGCAGGAACUCCACGUUUGCGUCGCAACCGUGACUCUUUCUGUGAUGAUGUCCAGGCGAUGAACACGAAUCUCAACCAGUGUGGACCUAAGAUGGGAGGACGACAGUCAGGCGCGGAUUGUCAGAGGUGUGAAGAGGAACCCUUGCUCACCAGAGCUCCUCCAGCACCGCUAAAUGCACAUGUUUUGCCACCUAGAUUCUCAGUAGCGCAAAUGCGUACUAGUAAUAAAUCCCAAACACCCACCCGUGCAGCUAUGCAACAGAUGAAGCCUCAAAGUUCUGUUACAGCACCCAAGACAUAUUCACAGUCCCGUCCUCGUACAUACCGCCCAGAUGAAUACAAUCUUCCACAAAAUUCUUAUGUUCCAACUUGGGGCCGCUCACAGAGUGGUGGUCAAGGAGGGCAACAGGGAAGUGAUGGGAAAAAAUCAUCUGGGCGUAGUCGUACCUCUCCAAGAAAAGAAAAUGACGAUGGUCAUUUGCGACUCAUUGAUUCUAGUAGAAGUGCUCUUAGUGGUGGACUUAUUCUACCACCAAUGCCCCGCCAUCACCAUGUUGAGGAAGCUGGAGUUCGUCACAAGUUACGCUCCUUUGCUAGGCACUAUAGUGAUGACAGUUUACAUGGAUCGUCUCAUAGAGACCUUCAUUCUACUCGCAUCCAUUCCUCAGCUGAUGAAAUUAGUUCACUAAAUCGAUCUCCAAGCCUGAGCUCUUCUGAUGAAAGUUUCUCGCGUACAGAUUUUUCUCGUACAGAUGCUGAUUCGCCUUCACCUCAACAUGCUCCCUCUCUAAGUGAUGAACGUUUCAAGUAUAUGUUUAGUGGUAUGAAUCUUGAAGGAGCAAUAGCACCAGGCUUUAGGGAGCUGUCUCCACAAAUAUACUCAGAUUAUUUAUCAAGCGUAAAAGCUUCAAGUGAUGAGAGCUCUCUUAGAUUAAACAGUCUUUCACGAGAUUCUACAACAUAUUCCUACCCCAAUGUACCUGGGCUAUGGAGGGAAACUGAUAUAGCUAGUCCUACUCAAGAUGAAAGAAUGCGAAGGGAUGAUUUAGUAAUACCAAAGUUAACUGCUGAAUUUUCGAGUGAUAAGAUGAAACGUAAGCACAGUGAUAAAGUGGACGUGGAAGUACCCUCCCAUGUUGAUAAUUGUGUGAGCCACAGCACUUCUCCAUCUAGUGAGAAGGUAAGACCAGGGUGCAGAUUAAGCUAUGUUGAUUGUGAAUUAAAUUCUCCCUCAAGAACUAGUGCCUCUGGUAGCACAAGUCGCAUGCGUAGUUUAGAGAAAAGUCCUAGAGAAAGUACAGCUUUGACUCCAGACAGUGUUUUAUUGAUAACUAAAAAGCGGUCUCUUUCAAGAGAAGAAGGAUUGAAAAUGAGUACCCAUGUGGCAAUAGAGCAAGAUUUGUCUCGGAAACGGAGUUCUGAGCGUCAGAAAAGAGAUGGAGAAUGCCAAACAGACCCUAGAAGCCACCAUCAUAAGAAUAGUGGAGGAAAUAAGACUGGAGACAAGAGCAAGACUGAGAGGAAAUUAGAAAAAUCAGCAACAUUUGAGGGCAUACCAGAGGAUCCAAAGUCUGCACAACCUAACAAUGAAGGAGGAAGGUAUGGUAGUAGUGAUCAAGGUAGAGAUAAUGAAAGGGUAGGGGGGACACAGCUACAUCUUAGCUCUGACAUCAGCAAUAACAAUUCAAAUGACAACAUUAUGGAGAAUUAUACAGGUAACACGCUAGAAGGUUACUCUGCUCUUCAUAAGGCAGCUCGACUACAGGAGGAUGAGCUGAAUAAUAUGUUAGCCUCCCAUGAUCAUUUCAGAUUGGAGCCACUGUCUAUUGAACCACAAGCUCUCAACCCUCUCAAAUCUGAGCCAGUGACCCUUGACCCAGUAAUGCUUGGCCUCCAUUUUGACCCAUGUGUUAAUCAGACUGUGCUACAGCUCACCUCUGCUUCUGUAGAUGGGGAAAUACAACCACACCUACCAGCCAAAUCUCAGCCGGCCAAGCGUUCUCUGGCUGACCCAUUGCCGCUAGACCACAGAGCUAAGGCUUCCCGUGGCCCUCUUGGCUGCAAGUUUCCUCUGGAGAUCUCAGCCCCAGAGAAACUUGCUCCACACCAGAGUGUGCGGAGGUAUGCUGGCUCCAGAAUCGCAGCCGGCUGUGGUCACAGUGAAUAUGAAAACAUGGAAUCAGAUGUCCAAGAUGCAUCAACUGAUGAUGAACAGUUAAACAAUGUUAGAUUAGAAAACGAAGACGUAACACCUGCCUGUGGUGACAGCGGAGCUGAUGGGAGGAGAGAUGACCAAGCACAAAGCCACAGUAUUGGCAGAUUGAGCAACAGAACAGUUGAGCAUCAAGCGGAUGAUGAUGAUGUGAGAUCCUUUGAGGAGGAAGAACGGAGAAUGGCCCAGGAACUAAAUGCAACCGAUGCAGAAAGAACAGAUAAGCCUUCAGUUGCACCAUUACCAGGUGGAAGUGGUGAUGGUGGAGAGACAAGUCAAUCAGAAUGGAGUGAAGAUGAUGAUGGAGCAGCAUCUGAACCAUUACUUGAUCAGGAAAGUACUGGCUACACAACAGAUGACCCUGCUCUUGAACAAGUAUCCAUGAUGAAUGAUGCUGGACUUACUGAUGCUGAGGGUGCCUUGAGUGAUGUAAAUUCCAUAUAUAAUGACCCUCAUCAGUAUGAUGGUGACAUGGAUGAUACAAGUAUGUCAUCUCGGGCUUCUUCCAGAAUAUUUGAUUCAGAUGCAAUCAUUUCAUUUGAUCAGAUUAAUGCAUAUUAUGAAUCUGAAUAUGACAAUUAUCGCCCAAGUGCAAUAGCCUCGGAUGGCUUCGAUACAGAACCAUUAUCUGAUGUGGAUUUGGAUGGUAUUGAUGGUAUUAAUUUGCAAAAUAUUAGAUCUAUGUCAGAAAGUAUCACAAGAAACUUUGGACAGCCAAGAAGUGAGACUGAUGUGGACAGUGAUGUAUGAUAUUGGGUGAAGUCUUUAAUGGAAGACUAUUGUAUCGAAACUACAGUAUAAAAAUACAAAAAUGUUGAUCUCUUGACAAGCAUUAAUGGAUUAUGACUGACAAAUAAUUAAGGACUACAGUAUAAAUCCAGUAUACAAAUGCGUGUGAUUCUUGCACAAGCAUGGAAUGGCAUAAUCAAAUGGACAAUUUAUGUGACGGUUCAUCCACACAACUACAGUAAGGUAAAUUACUUGGUUCAUGUACAUGAAAGUUUGACCUCUUGUGCAGAAAUUAAUGUACAAUGUGUUUAUACAUUUUUUAACAUCUUGACAUUAAAAUGGGGUUGGUAAUCCUAAAACCCAAAUGGGGAGCUGUUUUGGGGGUUUAUAAAAUGAUGUUUAUUGGGGUGAAGAAAUGCAGUGUAUUAGCAAAUUAAAUAGGAAAUGACUCAUGUAGCCAAGUGUUACCAAUUAAACCUGGGAAAUGUAUUGUGUGUUUAAUGUUUCGAGUUAUAUUAGUGUGCCUGUCAGAGCCUAAGGUUGUUAGAAUGUACAUUAUUUUGUGAAAAAAAUAAUAUAUUAGAUGUCUCUAAGCUUUAGUUCAAUAGAGGGGUAAUGUGAUACAUAUAUUUGUUAUAUAUAAUGCAAUUUAUAAAUUACUGUACAAUUCAUGAUUAAUAUCCUGAGAGGCAAUCAAAUGUUAUUGCAGUGAUUGAUUGGAAGUGGCCAACAUCAACACCCAAAUCCUUCCCUUGCCAUACAACCAUAAGCUGUAUUUACUGUAUAUAGUUAAUUGACUUCCAUGAAUACAUACUGUACUUUUA